GUACCGUAGUCUUGCGCAGCCGAGUCGAGUCCCUCUAUCGGUGGGUGUGUUCACCGAAACAAAAAUGGCAGCCUCCAUGCGAGUCAUGAUACAGUGCAAUAUCAACAAGUUUUUGCUUGCUCCUGCUUCAUGGAGACCACUUGCAAGGACACUGAACGUUUCGUAUGCACACAGCGGCAAGCAAAAUGAAGAUUCAUCAAUUGAAAAUAAUCCUUUCUAUGAAAAAUAUGCAGACAAGAUAAAGAAAUUACAAAGGUCCAACCCUGAAGAAUACCAAACCCGUCUACAUGUGAUGAAAGAGGGGGAAAAGAAAAUGAAAGAUGUUAAUAAUCAGAAUCAAGCGCCAACUUUAUCAGACCAACCAAGGCCCAAAUUACUGUCUGGAAACAGUGGAGAAGAUAAGGGACUGGACUCCAUUGUGAAGAUCGAUCUCCUUAGAAAGCAUUCUGCAGAAGAAAUAACAGAGAUAUGGAGAGACUUUCACAGAGAAAAGGAUUUUAUUUGUGCAGUUAUACCCAAAGACACUUAUGCUAAGAUUCUCCAGAAGGCGAAAGAGUUCCCUAUGUUCUUAUAUCCGCUACCUAGGGAUGAGGGCUAUGAGUUCUUCUUUGCUCAGUUCCACAACAACAGCUUCUAUUUCACAUCAGUAAUUAAUUAUCAGGCAUACCAAGAAAAUGCUCCUGCUCUGUUAACCAUUACCCAUUAUCCUGAGCUUCAAGAAGAAAAAGGAAUUGUUCUAAUGAGGGGAGAGUUGGACACAAAAUUCUUGACCGUUCAACAAGCCCAGUUCUUUGCCAACCAAGUCCAGCUCUAUUUUGCUUCAGACGAUGCUGACAGAAUGCGGUUGCUCAGAGAUUUUAACAAGAGACCUGCAGAUUUCAAGCACAUGGACCUGAUAGAUCAGCUUUCGAAAUCUACCGUCAACCUGAGCUAACCAUCUCGCCAUUUAGAAAAUAUGGACACUGGGAGCUUUGAAGAAAAGUCGAGUCAAUUUAAAACACAUGGACCUGAUGAUCAAAUGCAAAGUGGAGCGCCGUGGCCCAGUGGAUUAGUCUCUGGACUUUGAAACAGAGGGUCGUGGGUUCAAAUCCCAGCCAUGGCGUAGUUUCC